GUUCUUGGGUGCCGUCCCGUAGCGUCGGUAGAUCACUUCGUUCCUGAAGCUCUCGGAUCGGCAGAUCUAGUAGAAGAGGUUGCUUGCGGAGGUGAUGGCAAGAUCAUCAAGGUCACCGGAGUUGCCAAUCCUGGGCAGGCCUGUUCCAUCCUACUUCGUGGCUCCAACAAAUUGGUUUUGGAAGAAGCCGAACGUUCCUUGCAUGAUGCGCUGUGCGUAAUUCGCUGUCUUGUCAAAAGAAAGGCGCUUCUUCCGGGUGGAGGAGCACCUGAAAUGGAGGUUGCGGUGCAGUUACGUCAGCUUGCACAGAAGCAAAUUGGUGCCAAACAGUACUGCUUCCGUGCGUUUGCUGAUGCUCUUGAAUUGGUUCCUUAUACUCUCGCCGAAAAUGCUGGGCUUUCACCGAUCCACACUGUGACUGAACUGCGUGCUCAACAUGCUAACGGUAACACUGAUUAUGGAGUCAAUGUUAGAAAGGGAUACGUUACUGAUAUACGUGAAGAGAAUGUAGUCCAGCCCUUGUUGGUCACCCUGUCUGCCAUCAAACAAGCUUCAGAAUGUGUCAGGUGUGCCCUCAAUUGUGUUUAUUUAUCACACAUUUUCUUUAUCCGCAUGCAUAAGUCUCUAUGCUCGUCUCACAAAUUCUCCUAUUAA